AUGGGCGGUCCAUCAAACAUAGUGUGUAAUAGGAUCGAAUUCAGGACCUCGGAGGGAUUAUCUGGGUUCAAAAUAGCGAAACAUAUUCUUGGAGGUGGAUUCGUGUCGAUGUGUGAAGAUUCAACGAUGGUUUCUCCUUCCGUUGCUGUCGUUGAAGUUUUGGAUUCAACGACCGAUGGAAAGAAAUACAUAACAUCCGAAGAGUUACAAAAGCACAACAAACCUACCGAUCUUUGGAUCUCAAUUCAGGGCAAGGUUUAUAACGUGACUGAAUGGUCCAAAAUACAUCCGGGCGGCGAUAUCCCCCUCUUGAAUCUCGCCGGUCAGGACGUGACCGACGCGUUCAUCGCUUUCCACCCGGGGUCCGCCUGGCAACACCUCCAAAACCUCUGCACGGGUUACCACCUAAAAGACUACCAAGUUUCCGAUAUCUCUAAAGACUACCGAAAGCUCGCGUCCGAGUUUUCAAAAGCCGGAAUGUUCGACAAAAAAGGACACGGUGUCAUCUACUCACUCUGCUUCGUAUCCUUACUCCUUUCCGCUUGCGUAUACGGUGUUCUAUAUUCCACUAGUGUCGCAAUUCAUAUGCUUUCGGGGGCGUUAUUGGGAUUAGCCUGGAUGCAAAUCGCGUAUCUAGGCCACGAUGCCGGUCAUUACCAAAUGAUGUCGACCCGCGGGUGGAAUAAGUUCGCUGGAAUCUUCAUCGGGAAUUGCAUCACCGGAAUCAGCAUCGCGUGGUGGAAAUGGACACACAACGCGCACCACAUCGCGUGUAAUUCCCUCGAUUACGAUCCCGACCUCCAACAUCUCCCAAUGCUCGCGGUCUCAUCGAAACUGUUCCAAUCCAUCACUUCCGUUUUUUACGGCCGUAAAUUAACCUUCGAUAAUCUUGCGCGUUUUUUCAUCUCCUACCAACAUUACACAUAUUACCCGAUCAUGUGCGUGGCACGUGUCAACCUUUACCUACAAACAAUAUUAUUAUUAUGCUCAAAACGAAGAAUCCCGGACCGAGCUUACAACAUUAUCGGGACUCUGGUUUUUUGGACUUGGUUUCCGGUUCUUGUUUCGUGUCUUCCGAAUUGGCCGGAACGUGUGGCGUUUGUUUUGGUUAGCUUUUGUGUGACCGGAAUCCAACAUGUUCAGUUCACGUUGAACCAUUUCGCGGCUGAUGUGUACGUGGGCCCACCGAAAGGGAACGAUUGGUUUGAGAAGCAAACGAGUGGGACAAUUGAUAUCUCGUGUUCGUCUUACAUGGAUUGGUUUUUCGGUGGGUUGCAGUUUCAGUUAGAGCAUCAUUUGUUUCCGAGGUUGCCGAGGUGUCAUUUGAGGUCGAUUUCUCCGAUUGUUAGGGAACUUUGCAAGAAACAUAAUUUGCCGUAUACGAGUUUGUCCUUCUAUGAUGCGAAUGUGACGACUCUUAAGACGCUUAGGACUGCGGCUUUACAGGCGCGUGACCUGGCGAACGGGGCCCCACAGAAUUUAGUUUGGGAAGCUUUUAACACUCAUGGUUGAGAUCGUGUCUCACUCGUAUUGUCUGUCUAUCGCAGUAGUAUUUGUCUCGAGUAUUUUUCGUUGUGUAUGAGGUUUUGAGCGUAUUUCUGCGGUUAUUGUAUUUUAUGAUACUGAUUAUGGAUUCAUGUUAUUUAUAGAUUUUGCGUUUUGAUUAUAAUCUACCAUUAUGGAGUCA